CUCUCUACUUUGAAUUUUCAUCCAUGCACCCUUCCUUCAACUUCACCCUAUUUUUCUUUCACCAUCUUUCAACGGUAUCUGGUGGUGUUGAUCGGUUAUUGGAAAUAAAUAAAUAAAGUAAAUUAAGAUGGCGUACAAAGUAGAUCAUGAAUAUGAUUAUCUGUUCAAGAUUGUACUCAUUGGAGACUCUGGUGUUGGAAAAUCCAAUAUACUGUCUAGGUUUACGAGAAAUGAGUUCUGUCUUGAAUCUAAAUCUACCAUUGGUGUUGAAUUCGCUACCAGAACAAUACAGGUAGAAGGAAAGACAGUGAAGGCACAAAUAUGGGACACUGCAGGUCAAGAGAGGUACAGAGCUAUUACAAGCGCAUACUACAGAGGCGCUGUAGGUGCAUUAUUGGUGUACGACAUAACCAAGAGACAAACAUUUGAGAACGUGCAAAGGUGGCUUCGUGAACUACGAGACCACGCCGAUUCCAACAUUGUUAUCAUGUUAGCAGGAAACAAGUCUGAUCUGAACCAUCUAAGAGCAGUAUCAUCUGAUGAUGCUCAAAACUUGGCUGAGAAAGAGACUCUUUCAUUUCUAGAGACUUCAGCAUUGGAAGCCUUGAAUGUUGAGAAAGCAUUUCAAACCAUUUUGUUUGAUAUAUAUCAAAUUCUAAGUAAAAAGGCACUUGCAGCACAAGAAUCAGCUACUAGUACUAGCCUUCCUCAUGGUACUACCAUAAAUGUGUCUAAUAUGUCUGGUAGUGUUGAAAAGAAAUCUUGUUGCUCCAAUUGAUUAUAAGGUGUAAUUUGUAGAAUAUUUUAGGAGGAGCAUGUUUUUCAGGGAAUCCUUCCUUUUUUUACUUGUUGUAUUUGAAACACAUAAUUUACAAGAAAAUAUAGUUGCUACCUUCAAUCGGAUUAGUAACA